AUGGCAAUGAAUAUGAACACGCGUGAUGUACAAAAUUCACUGAAGGAAGCUCUUUACGAGACAUUAAACGGCAUUUUAUCUCCACACCGUGAUACUCGGCACGCUGCUGAGCAGAGGAUUCAGGCAUUGGAAGUUACCGAUGAAUUCGGAAUUCAUCUAACAGAAUUUGUCGUCGACGUUAAUGGACCUCUCGCUAUUAGGCAGCUAUCAUCGGUUUUGCUGAAGCAGUAUGUCGAGACACAUUGGUGCUCUGUUGCUGAGAAAUUCCGAUCUCCUGAAAUUAAACCUACCACUAAGGAAAAAAUAAAAGAACUACUACCUCUUGGUCUUCAUGAAUCUAUCAGCAAGGUACGAGUAUCAGUUGCAUAUGCAAUAGCCGCAAUAGCUCACUGGGAUUGGCCUGAAAAUUGGCCAGGGCUUUUUGAUAUCCUGGUUAAUUGUUUGAAUGGUGCUCAAAGUGAAUAUGCUGUACAUGGAGCAAUGAGAGUAUUGAGUGAAUUUACUCGUGACUUAUCAGAUGAUAAUCUUCCCAGCGUUGGUCCAAUUAUUCUUCAAGAAAUGUACAGAAUUUUCAUCACUGAAAGUUAUUCAAUUAGAACAAGAGGAAGAGCAGUUGAAAUAUUCACAACAAUAGCAUCAUUAGUUGGCUCAACAGGAAUUUACCACAAGGCUUUUGUUGAGACUUGUUUAAAACCAGUGAUACCAGUGUUUUGUGAAAAAUUUGUCGUUUGUCUGAGAGAACACUCCUCUGACGGGUCUCACACCACGCCUACCUGUGAUAUUGGUCUCAAAACAGAUAUUAUAAAAGCUAUCAACUGUCUAGUUACCAAGUUACCGAAAUUUGUUACGGCGUAUUUACCACAAAUUCUACCUCCGGUCUGGGAAACGCUUACAGAAAGUGCUAAAAUUUAUCAACAAGAAUCCGUAGCUUCGGAGACUUUGUCGAGGAGAAUAACCCGAGUACCUCUAAGUCAUGAUGACAGCGGAGAUGGUGACGAUGAUCACGAUGUCAAGGAGAAUGUUGUUGUAGACUCAGAUGGAGAAAUAAUUAAUUUCAAUAAUUUAAUUAUUGCCACUUUCGACUUUAUCCACAACUUGGUAGAUCACAAAAACUUUGCGAAUUUAAUUAUCAAUUCAGUGCAAGAAGCAAUGUAUUAUUUAAUAAUAUUUAUGCAAAUCACUCAUGAACAAGUUGAGUUGUGGACUGCAAAUCCUAGUCAGUUCGUUGAAGAAGAUGAACAAACCGUAUUUUCCUACAACGUUCGUAUAUCUGCUCAGGAUCUUUUAACGUCGUUAAUAGGUUAUUCAGAAGAUACAUCAAUAAACGCUCUUUGUGAAGUUAUAACAAGACAUAUCGAGGCUGUAAAUAUAAUGCAAGUUUGUAAUAGAAAUAUCCAACAAAACAAUGGUAUCCACAAUAACAGUUCAAUUCAAUCAUUAUCAUCACCCUGGUCUUCAUCGCCUUCUUGGAAAAUAUGUGAAUCUGCUAUUCUAGCUUUGAGUAUCGCAAAAGAGCAAGUUAUUGAACACAUUCAAGAGGGUACUCUGCGUUUUGAUCUUGUGGCAUUUUUGAAUACCAUUAUUUUAGAUGGAAUUCUCAAUGAUCCAACUGCUCAUCCUUAUCUGAUUGGUCGUUGUUUAUGCCUCGGAGGCCGCUACGCAAAUCAAAUACCUCCAGAAAUAAGUGCCCGGUUUUUAGAAGCAGCUGUCGUUGGUCUACCAGCAAAUCAGCCCCUCUGUAUUCGCAUGAGUUCUAUUAAAGCAGUAUAUUGGUUUUGUGAAGCUGCUGUUAAUACGAAUACUCUCAUGACCCGGGAUAUUAUACGCCCACAUUUGUCUGUGAUAUUUGAAGAACUUUUCGGAUUUGUUAAUCAAGCAUCCACUGAAAUACUCACACUUAUUAUGGAGACAUUUUCUAUUUUAAUUGCGGUAGAUAAAGAUUUCACAGCGAGUGUUGAAAGUAAAAUAUGUCCACUUACAAUAGCAGUAUUUCUUAAAUUUCAAAGUGAUCCGGAAAUUUUAUCACUUUGUCAAGAUAUAUUCAAAGAAUUAACUGAAAAUCCACGAUGUAUAGCUCCAUUACAAAAUCGAUUGGUUCCAACUUUAGUUAGUAUGCUUACUGUUAAUCCAGUUGGAAAAAAUAUUGAUGAGGGUACUCGAGGAGAAGCUUUGGAUGUUCUACAAGUCCUUGUUAAAUCUUCACCUCAACCAUUGAACAAUAGUUUAGUCGAAACAGCAUUUCCAGCAGCAUGUCAUUGUAUCCUUAACUCUGAUGACAAUGGAAUACUCCAAAGUGGUGGUGAGCUUAUACGUACAUAUUUAUUGGUUGGGGCAAGACAAAUAAUUGAUCAUCGAGACAGUGAAGGACGUACAGGAUUGCAGUACGUACUGCAAAUAGUUGCUCAAUUACUCAAUCCUCAGUCCAGUGAAUUCACGGCAACAUUUGUAGGUCGUCUGGUUAUAACUCUUAUAAAAAAAGUUGGUAAUAACUUGGGAGAAAAUUUAGAUCUGCUGCUUAAAGCAGUACUAAGUAAAAUGCAACGAGCUGAAACAUUGACAGUUAUGCAGAGUUUGAUAAUGGUUUAUGCGCAUUUGUUAAACGCUGAAUUUGAUGCGGUGCUGAAUUUCUUGUCGACAGUUCCCGGCCCGACAGGAGAAAGUGCUCUGGCAUUCGUUUUAACAGAAUGGGUUCAGAGACAGCAGUUAUUUUUUGGAACUUACGUUAGAAAAGUAACUAUAGUUGCUUUGUCAAAAAUCCUUGAACAUGGUGUUACACGUCCUGAUGAUUUUCGACUUAAUGAAAUUACUGUUAGAGGCGACCAAGUAUUUACAGCUAAUGAUGAUAACAUCAGAACAACCAGAAGUAAAACGCAAUCUCAGCCGUUCCAAUGGACUAUGAUACCAAUUCUUGUUAAGGUAUUCAAAUUAAUAAUUAACGAGUUAUCAUAUAACAUUGAAGCUGAUUACGCUGGAAUUGGUGAAGAAGAUGAUGAGGAUGUGACCCAAGACAUUGAGGAUUCUGAUGAAGAAGAGGACCGACGAGAUGGUACGACUGAUGGCGAAAAUUGCUGGGUAGAUCCAGGUGGUGCACCUCAUUUAAUGAAUAUAAUGGAUGACGAUAAAACACUGGAGGAAGAAACAGAUUCAGAUCUUCUUGAGGAUUCAAUUUACCAUUUGAACCUCAAUAAUUAUUUACGCGAUUUUCUAACAAAUUUUUCACAACACCAUUGUUUUCCAUCUUUGUUUGCAUUUGCGAACGUUCAAUUAAAAUAA